UCUCCAGAGGCAGAGAUAGAGAUAGAAACAUCAACAAGGUCUUCAUGCCAUGAGCCGCCCCAUCUUAGCCGGCCAAGGUCCCAGGCCCGUGCGCAUAAUCCGGGAGGCCACGGGGCGUGAACCCAGGACCUUCUCCCUGUGGCUAUACCUGCAUUACCUCAGCACCACUGCCUGGCCCCAAUCUAAACCAUAUUUCUGACAUUUUGUUGUAGAUGAAGAAGAGUGUCAAGUGGACAUGCAAAGCUUGUGGGGAGAAGCAGUCCUUUCUGCGGGCGUACGGUGAAGGUUCUGGUGCCGACUGUAGACGCCACGUCCAGAAAUUAAACCUACUACAGGGAGAGGUCGCAGAGAUGUCGUUCAGCCUUCAUCUUCCCGGUCACCGUGCACAUGACACGUGCGAUCUUCCCCCGAGGUCUCCGGAAGCGCCCGUCGGUGCCAGCGAGGAAGAAGGCACAGGCUCUCUGCAGGCAGGUGCACGUUUGCAGGAGACGCGGCCGCCCCCAGAGAGCCGCUGGCUGAAGUACCUGGAAGACGACUGUGGGCAGGGGCUGGACGGAGCGUGCUCCCCCAGACAGCCGUCGCCCAGCACGGGGAAGCCGGGCCCCGCCUUCCAUCAAAACCUGCCUAGAAAAAGGAAGCGGGGCCAGAGCACGCCUUCUGCACGUGGCCAUGAAGCCCAGGACGGCGGUGACGCGGAGGUCGCCUGGGCACCCCAGGCCCCGCCGCUGCCACCUGGCAACAGCCCACAUGUGGACAGAGAGCGAAGACCAUCGCCAAGGGGUCUCCAGCCAGCCAGCCCUGCACUGCCCGAGCAAAGCACCCCUGGGGCCUGGGGCCCGAGAGAAGGCCACCUCAGCAGGCCCCCUGCUGUCCAGCUUCCCGGAGCAGAGGGCACGCCCUUAGUCCAGGGGGCACCGAGGCCCCCAUCUGUACGGCUAUGUGACCUUUUUACAACUGGGGAGGACUUUGAUGAUGACCUGUGAACUGAGAUCAUCCGAGAGCCCUCUGUGCUGCUCAAAACAGGGCGCCUGCGGUGCGUUUAAAGGGGGAUGGUCUACAGGAACCGCCCGCAGCUGACAGUAAACCAUACCGGCAAGCCUGCAGCGCCCAGUAACGUGUUGUGUAGAGGGGCCACAGCCCACACGGCCAACCACGGUUCAAAGCCCAGCCUCACCAGCUGGGACUCACGUGUGUGAGGGCCCAGGGCCCGGACGGGACAGGAGUGCGGCGUGACCAGGCGCCCGGGUGCUCUCUCUCUGGUUCAGGCACACCCUCUGGCUUUUUGAAAAUUAUUUGCCACUGGGUUCAUGUACUCAGAGGAAGAAGUGCAGACACUCCCCAAGGGAGAGGGCCGCAUUGCAACCUGUUCUCCCCCAGGACUUCGAGCACACAUGCACACGUGCCCAGUGUGUUUUACAAGUCAAUGGGUCUGGGAUUGAAACCAUGCAGCCAGCUUGUGGAAUCCACUGUAAGCUCGAGCCACGUUUGGUCCCCACCUCGCGUUCACACAGACCUGGUCGCCGAGCAGUGGUUUUUCUCAUUGCGACAGGACGACAGUGCUGACUAAAGUGCAGAUAUGUUUAAUCACAGGUGGCUCACAGACGGCAGGGCGGCUGCGGAGGCCUGCCUGCGGAGGCCUGCCUGCGGGAACAGCUGAGGCGUUGGCAGCAGAGUGCGGCGGUGGUUAGGGAGCAAGGCGGGGCUCCCGCUCUGCUCCAGGACAGCCCUCCAGCAUGCCGACACCACCCUGCCAUGCUGGCUGAACUCGGUCAGGUUUCUAGUGGGGAUCAAUCAAUGUCAGCGUACUAUUAGUAACUUAAAAAAAGAAAAAGCAGAAGGC